ACGUGUUAAUCAUUCUGUCACUGAGUGUGCCGAUUCAUUAGUAUUCGUUCUUUGUUUCAAGAGGAAAGAAGGAUUAACGAUUGUCAGCGAGUGAUUCACUUUGAAGAAAACUCUUACAGGCCUUAUUUUUAUUUAUUUUCUUAUUUAAUCUCUUUAAGAAAAUUUGUUAUAAUUUUUUUCGUUUAUUUAAAACUGUUGUUUUUAAGAUAGUACUAAUUAGGGUUAAUAGUAAACGAGGAGUUUGAUUAGUGUUAUUUGAUAUUUUGUUUUUUCAUGUAAUAAGUGUAGCUAAAUUUAAUUGCAUAGCCUUAAAUAUUUAUUUCUCAUUGAUUGUUUGUCAUAUUUUUCUGUUUAAUUAUAGUGUUAAUUAGGGUUAAAUAGUGAGAGGAAUUUUACUAGUGCUUUUGUCAUUUUAUUUAUUGUCAUUCAUAAAUUUUUUUGAGUACAUUGUAUAGAAAUGUUUUUUAGUGACUAGUUAUUUAUUGUCUUACAGUAGAAAGUGUAUCAUUCAUGUGGUAGCUAGUAGAAUUUGGAAAUAUCUCAGUAUUGUAUUGACUUUGCUCUAUUUGAUCUUGGAUUAGCUUAUCUGUGUGCAUAUUAUUCAGAUAUUUAUUGUUAUUAGUCAUUUGUUAUAAGGAAAUCAGUUUAGAAUAUAUAACUGUGUCACAAUGAAUAUUCUUUGAUUGGAGAUUCGAUGUUUAAACGCUUGGAAGCGCAUUUAUCUGAGGAUUUGGAUGUUAUUUUUUACCGAGGAACAACCAUUGAGAGGUUAACCAGUAGAAUUUCUAAAAUAAAGAAACACUAUGAUUGGAAUUUAGGGCAUGUGGGCACCAAUAACAUAUCAGUUGAUAGUGUAGAAAUAAUACUUCAAAAGUAUAGGUCACUGGCUAAUGAGAUUUUACGAGUCAAUCCAAAGGCAAGAAUUAUUUUCUCCAGUAUCAUUCCUAGAGAUUUUAAUUACUUUGAAAACGAUUACUGGAAAACUGUUGAAUGUAUAAAAAUCUUAAACCAUAAGAUUGAAGCUGUAAAUAAAGCAUUAGAAAAGUUGUGCCAUAAUGAAGAUGCUUUUAUCUUUUGCAGUUCUAACAAGCCAUCCUGGUCUGGUUUCCUGGGAAAAGAUGGUUUACAUCCUAAUAAAAGUGGUGAUCUUUGCUUGGCCAAUUAUUUCUGUAGGUUUUUAAAGAAAUGCAUUUCUUCAGAUAAUGCAUCUCGAAAGAGGAAAAAUUGCCAGUUGAUCACCUCGGGAUAUAUUUUGGAUUCUUUGGAGUUUCCUCCAUUGCCUUCCUGUGAUCAGCCUUCAUUUUUAUCAUCAGGGCCACAGCAUUCUGGUUCUGCUGUGCCUUGUAGCAAGGUACCAACUUUUGUUGACCCAGUUCCUUCAUAUGUUUCUUUUCCAUCAGCUUCUCAAAAGGAUCAAAAAUGCCAAUCAAUUGCUCCUAAAUUCAUUUUGGAUUCUACUGAGUUUCCUGCAUUGUCUUCCUCAAGGCAAUCUUCAUUUUUAUCAUCUUGGUCUAAACAUCCUGCUUCUUGGCCUUUGGCACGGCCAUCUGUUUCAGCUUGUGCAGUCUCAACCGCUUCUUGCUCUCUUCCACCCUCUCCGCCUGUGCCGCCUACUCUCUCCGCCUGUGCCUCCUACUGGUCAUGUUCAAUUUCUUGUACCUAUUGUUUCUUAUAUGCCUAUGGUUCAGUUCUUGCCAUUCCAUUCUGUUGCCGUGUCCUAUCCUCCAUUUUAUGUACCUGUUGUUCCACCAUUUCUACCUGCUGCUGUUUCCUCUCUUCCAACAUGCAGUCAGUCAGUUGUUGCAUGCACUCUGCCAACCCACUCUGAACCAGAACCUGCUCGCACAUCCCCAGUCCACUCUGAACCAGAACCUGCUCGCACAUCCCCAGUCCACUCCGAACCAGAACCUGCUCGCACAUCCCCAGUCCACUCCGAACCAGAACCUGCUCGCACAUCCCCAGUCCACUCUGAACCAGAACCUGCUCGCACAUCCCCAGUCCACUCUGAACCAGAACCUGCUCGCACAUCCCCAGUCCACUCUGAACCAGAACCUGCUCGCACAUCUCCAGUCCACUCUGAACCAGAACCUGCUCGCACAUCUCCAGUCCACUCUGAACCAGGAGCUCCUCGCAUUUCCCCAGCCCAGUGUCGGCCAGCAUGUGCUUCUAACAAACUUGGAAAGGCAAGAAUUACUAAGAUAAGUAAAAAUAUUUUUUCAAAAUGUGACAAAAAUAUCUAUGAAAAUGUUAUUUGCAGUAUUCCUACAACAAAUAAAUUUGCAGUGUUACUAGAUGAUUGUAAAGAAGAAAAUAGGACAGAUAUAGUUUUGGCUCUAAAUUUAAAAAAAAUAAAUAUCACUGGAGGAGGUGCUCAAAAUUUCUCAUAUUCAAAGACUUGUGAUUAUUGUGGGAAAACUUACAUGUCCAAGUCAUUAUUUUCAAAACAUUUAAGAAAAUAUAAAUGUGUAGAACGUGUUAAGAGUACUUAUCCUAAAAAAUGUGAGGUAUGCUUAAAAUUUUAUUCCUCGAGAUCCUCUUUUGCAAAUCAUUUAAAAUGCUGUAAACCAAAGAUUUGUGAUGUUUUACCAAAAAGCAAUUGUAAUAAUUUAUUGGAGGCUAGUGUUAGCUCUCAAGCAGAAAUUGUAAAAAAGCCCAAAUUAUGUUUAGUGCCAGUCAAAACAACUUUAGAUAAUCAGCAUUUAACUGAUAAAUGUGAAAAUUCUCCCAGUUGUGUCUAGAGUGUGGUAGAUUUUAUAGUGGUAAUGAAUAUUUUAAUGAACACACAAAAAGAUGUACUGGUGACAAGAAGCAUGAAUUGUAUUUUUGUACAGAAUGUGAUAAAGCUUAUGUUAGUGUAUGGAAUUUAAAUAAGCAUCUUAAUGUUGUGCAUGACAUUAAAAACAUCAAAACUUAUUCUUUUAAUUCUAUUUCAAGUUUUAAAAUUUGGUUAGAAUCUGAAACUAUUGGUACUCAUACUUAUUUUAAAAAAUCAACUGGGAAAAAAAUAUGCGGUGAGAAAACAUUCUAUUAUUAUUCUUGUCAAUUUUUUCAUCUGUCAUAUCAAUCAAGGAUUAAUUCAAGGGCAGAGCGAAAUGGUAAACGUAAAAAUAAAAAGGGGGUAAUUCCUUUCAAUAUAAGUUGUCCUGUUAAGAUCUGUGUAUGUGAACAAAAGAAUUUGAUAUUGGUUACAUAUUAUUCUAUUCAUAACCAUCAAGUCAGUUACGAGAACACUAAAUAUCACCCCCUUAAAGAAAGAUCACGUGAUUUAAUUAAAUCUUACUUAUUACUUUCCUUUCCCAUUUCAAAAAUUGUAAGUUUAUUACGUGGCGAUGUAGGAUGUCGAGAUAAUAGAAAUUUUUUUCCUACAAAGGAAGCCUUCAUAUCUCGUAAAACUAUACAGAAUUAUUUAAGGUGCUUACGCAAUUCAAUUCAGCCAGCCAAUGAUGCUAUGUCUGUUUCUUGUAUAGUAGAGGAAUUAAGGAAAGCCAUACAAUCCUAUUUUAAUUUUUAAAUUGCAGAAGUCGAAAACAAUUUGGGGCCCUACACAUUUAGAUAAUUUGCAAAACUAUGAAAGUUCUUUUCCAUUAGGUUUACAGACUAAAGCACAAAAAGAUAUGUUAGUUAAGCAUUCAGAUAAAAUUCUUUGUAUUGAUGCAACUCAAGGCAUAAAUUUUUAUGACUUUUAUCUUUCUCUGCAUGUUUAGGAUGAGUAUGGUCAAGGUUAUCCAGUUGCACAUUUUAUCACUAAUGAUUUAGAUUACCAUACCUUAAUUGCUUUAUUUUCAAGUUUAGAUUGUCGAAUUCCUGACCUGAAUGUAAAUACGGUAAUGACUGAUGAUGAUGGUUAUUCCUUUAAAGCAUUUAAUUCUGUAUUUGGUCCAAAUAUAAAGCAUCUACUAUGCCAAUGGCACGUUUUUCGCGCUUGGAAAAGGCAGUUAUCUUCAAAAAUAUGUGAUAAGUUUCUCCGUCAAAAAAUGUUAGACGAGUUAUUAAAAAUAAUGAAAGAAGUGUCUGAAAUAAAUUUUGAAAAUAAACUUUUAAUGUUUAUCGACAGCAAUUCAAAUGAAUGUUAAAAUUUUAUUGAUUAUUUUGUUAGAAAUUAUUCUGGGAGAAAAGAAUUAUGGGCAACCUGUUUUAGACAAUUUCCACAUGGCAAUACUAAUACUAACAAUUAUUACGAAUCUUUUCACAAUCAGUUAAAAACAAUAUAUCUUGAGCGUAAGUAUAAUAGGCGAAUAGAUGAUCUUGUUUCAACUCUUUUGGAAAUGGAAAGGGAUCGAUUUUUAAAAUAUUCUUGUAUUGUUAUUAAUAAUAUUCCUACUCAUUCCAAGUUCACUAAAACUGUUAAAGAGAAACAUGACAGGGCUGUAAAGAUUCAGAAUACAGAUGUCAUUGAAUAUGACAAUCAUUGGGAGGUUAAAUCUCAAUCUGUAAAAGGAAAGAUAUAUGUAGUAAGAAAAAUUGCAGAUGCUUGUAUUUUAUUGGAUCAUUGCAGCUUUAAAUGUACAAAUAUUAAUUGUGUGGCAUUGUGCAGUCAUUUGUAU